AAGAGUGUUUAUGGGUUUCGUCAUUGUACACUGAAUAAAGUACUAAAAUUAUAUAGCAAAGAAUGUGGAACAGAGAAAAUCACUGCAUACGCUUUGUUUCAUUAGCGACAGAUGUCGCUGCGGUAUCGCUGGACGCGGUGCGGGUUUGUCGCGCAGUCGGCUGCAAACGCUCCUGUUUCAGGUGAUGCUGUUUUUUGACCCCUUCCGGUCUCCGUACAUUUCUGUGUUAUGACGUCAUCUGGUCGGACGGACGGGAGCCCGAGAAACUUUGAACUUGUUUGGAAACUGGAUGCAACGUUGUUUCCCCCUCAGUUUUCAGCUGGAUUUACUCGGUGGGUCUUACACAUGGACCAGAAAAGGAGCAUCGUUGCUGUGCAGCGUGUGAACUUUAGACUUCUCUGGACCAGCAUGUGAGCUUGAACAAAUAAGUAAUUAAAUCAGAUCGGGGAGGACAUGGACGAACGAGAAGAUAUGACAGAGCGCGGGUGCACGGGCUGUGGCGGGAGGAUUCGGGACGCCUUUCAUGUGAAGGUUCUUCAAGACGCCUGGCACAACUCUUGCUUUCAGUGUUCUGUGUGCUUUGAUCUCCUGACAAACUGGUACUUUGAGAAAGAGGGGAAGCUGUACUGUCACAAACACUACUGCGAGAAGUUUGGGGAGUUGUGCCAUGGCUGUUCACUGCUUAUGACUGGACCUGCUAUGGUGGCAGGAGACUAUAAAUACCACCCCGAAUGCUUCGUGUGUUUAAGCUGCAGAGUGGUGAUUGAGGAUCAGGAUACCUAUGCCUUAGUGGAACGAACCAAACUCUACUGUGGUAAAUGCUACAAGCAGGUGGUCCUGACGCCGGUGUUGGAGAAGCAUGGUUUGGCCGACUCUCCAACGGACCUGCUCCCUCACACAGUGACUCUGGUGUCCAUGCCCGCUGCCACCAAUGGUAAAAGAGGUUUCUCUGUCAGCGUGAUUAGAGACUGCACAAGUGCCACGGCCAGUGUCCAGGUCAAAGAGGUCAGAGGGAUGCAUAUUAGUCCAGAGGUUCGGAACGCCAUCCAUGUUGGGGACCGAAUCCUGGAGAUCAAUGGACUCCCAGUGUCAGCUCUGAUGGAGGAGGAGGUGGAGGACCUGAUCCAUCGGACCAGUCAGACACUGCAGCUGUUGAUGGAAUAUGAUCCAGUCAGACAGCGUCUGGACCGACUCCGCCUGGGCUCUUCCCGCAGUCAACUGGGUGUCCCCGCGGCCUCCCGCAUGCGUAUGUCCUCCUCAGCGGAUGCUGAGAUCGAACGAAGUGACUCAGUGGACAAUGGGACGUUAAAAAGGAGGUCCCUCAGACGUAGCAACAGCAUCUGCAAGUCUCCAGUUUCUUCAUCUCCUAAAGACCCUCCGAUUCUAACUCGAGAUAUCGGGCGCUCUGAAUCCCUCCGUUCUCCUUCCAGCCGCUCUCACCGUAUUUUCCGGCCCUGUGACCUCAUCCAUGGAGAAAUCCUCGGAAAAGGUUUCUUUGGACAGGCCAUCAAGGUGACCCAUAAAGCCACAGGUGAGGUGAUGGUCAUGAAGGAGCUGAUCCGCUGUGAUGAAGAGACACAGAAAACGUUCCUAAAGGAGGUAAAAGUGAUGAGAAGUCUUGAUCACCCACACGUUUUGAAGUUCAUUGGGGUUUUGUACAAGGACAAGCGGCUUAAUCUGAUAACAGAGUUCAUUGAGGGAGGCACUCUGAAGGAUUUUAUCCGAGACACGGACUCAUUCCCUUGGGAACAGAGAGUUAGCUUUGCAAAAAGCAUCGCAUCUGGAAUGGCAUAUCUGCAUUCAAUGAGCAUCAUACAUCGAGAUCUCAACUCUCACAACUGCCUGGUCAAACUGCUGCAGGACAACACCGUCGUGGUGGCAGAUUUCGGUCUAUCUCGUCUAAUCAUGGAGGAUAAGGUCAAGCAGCCACCCCCUGACAAACCAACCAAUAAGAAAAGACUGUUUAGACGGAUUGACCGUAAGAAACGCUACACGGUGGUGGGGAACCCAUACUGGAUGGCCCCAGAAAUGCUUAAUGGUAAACGCUACGAUGAGAAGGUGGAUAAUUUCUCCUUUGGCAUUGUGCUUUGUGAGAUAAUCGGUCAGGUUUAUGCAGAUCCUGAGUGUCUCCCGAGAACGCUGGACUUUGGGCUCAAUGUGAGAAAAUUCAUUGAGAAAUUUCUUCCUGAACACUGUCCUCCAGCUUUCUUUGCAUUGGCUGUGGCUUGUUGUGAUCUCAUCCCUGACAACCGGCCUGCUUUUCAGAAGUUGGAGGACUGUUUUGAGGCAUUAGCUCUGAAUCAGGAGUUGAAUAUCCCUCUGCCUGCUGAACUGGAUGAUCUUCAGCAGACGUUUUUAAGGACUUAUGGACCCAGUGAAAUUGCCUCUGAAAACCAGGAAAACAACAUAGACUAAUCCAACAGCAGCACAGGCUGAGAUGUGGGCUGGAUUUUGAUGAGUUUACAGAACUGAAUCGGAGCAUUUACCUUGGGUUUGCAUACUGGGAACAUGCUGAUGCUGGUGUUCCUCUGAGAGGUCUGUCAUGAUGCUCAGAACUUUGAGGGCAUUCUAGAACUGCAAAAGAGUUCUGUUAAAGGAACAGGUACAUUUCAGUGACCUUGAGCUUCUUUGUGACAUUUUUUCCCCUUCUGUCUACUGUGGAUGGUUUAAUUUUGAUUUAACCAUGUAGCACAAACCGAUCUCGCUAAUGAAGUUUCAAAUGUCAGAUUUUUUCAUAGUGUAGCAUCCAUUAAAUUGAUAAAUUUUCAAUCACAACAAUUAUAAAAGUGUGUUUGUCAUUAAACCUUUCAAGAACAUGUCUGGGUCAUAUUUUACCCCUCA